AUGUCAGAAGGGAAUCCCGAUUCAAUUUGUCCCCCCGCCGAAAUCUGCAUUACUAACCCCGAUUUUUCUCCUUUUUUUCCAGCCGGAUGCACGUUUCCCGAGGAGUGGGCGGGAAGAUGGUUCCAGUCGGGAGUGCCGACAACUUUGCUAAUAAAUAGGACGCAUAUCGAGACCAAAGGGGAAUGCUACGAGGAACAAGGAGAUGAUAACACCAAGUUCUUAGUUUACGACAAAUCGGACAACUGUUACCGGUGCAUGGCGAUCCACAGCAAGCACUCGACCGUCUUACAAUACAAAGAAACGUACUGUGAGAGAUCGGUCCAAGAACUGUGUAGUGGAAUCUCUGGAGACGCCGCUUUGUACAGUAUGUUUCGCAAACACCCGGAGGUGAAGCCGGUAGCGUGCCCGUUCAAGAGCGCCCCCUUCAUGUUCAGCUACAAUCGGGGCACCGGAGACUGCACGAAUCCGCCUAGCAAAGCGGAAAGUUGCACGGACGACUCGCGGCUCGUCCUUAAAUACCAAGCCUGCCCUGACCUGCCAUCGACCGAAAGCAACGUCGAGGAGCUGGUGUGCCUGGCCACCUGGAAGGAGGGCUCGACGCGCUACCUGCUCGGCCGGCUAUCCCAAGGCAAUCGUCGGACGCUCACCUCCGACGAGGACCAGUACCGCUGCUUCAUUUACCAGCGCAAGGACGAGGGCGGCAAGACCGUGUACUACAUAGCGCAAUCGGGCGACGCCACUUGUAACGGAAUCCAGAACGCGCUCGAAGGGAGCAGGACCAUGAAAUUUAUUACAGUGGACAACCACCACAAUCGAUGUAAAUUUCCGACGUGGAUCACCGACCAUCACACGUGGCUCAGUCUCGAUCACAAGAAGAUGUACAAGUUCUCUCAGCGCAACGCGACGCUGAAGAUCGUCGACGAGGAGGUCAAACCGAAUCGGUUUCACCAGCAGCAGAACUACAUACAGCCCUUCGGCUUCCAGCAGAACGGCUUCGAGUCGCAAGAUCAGCGACGGCAGAACACCGAGAUGCGCGUCGUCUGCCACAACAUUCUGCAAUCGGUCGAGCAGAAGAAGGUGCAGAUUGUCGCGCAUAUCACCGCUGGAUGUGACAGCGGAUACGUGUGCAUGAUGUUUUACAAGCGGGAUAGUAACGUAAUCGAACUGCAACAGUCAGAUCGUUAUGAAGAUAACCCCGACUCCGCUUGCCAGUAUUUCAACCCGAUGGCAACGCCCUACACGACUUUAAUAACCACGAUCUUGCACCCGAAGAAGUGCCCUCUACCUGGACGGUUCACUGUGGUCGAUACCCCCACGUUGAACGUCAGCAGAAGGAGAAGGCAGCAGCCGGUGGACGGUGAGUCCGGCUCUGGUGUCAAUUGUCAGCAGCAGGACUUUGAAAGUUUGGCGAUUGGCUGUACGGCGGUCAAGGAGUUGAUCGAGUUUAAGUCGAGUUGUCCCGAGCCAUCGUUAAACACGUACACGUGCCUCGGAAGUUGGCAGGAAAACAACACGCACUACGUGAUCACCUCCCCUUUAUCGAAGAAGCCAUCGGAUACAGUCCGCUACUGCUUCGUCUACAACACGAACGGGCCGCCACAAACGACAACCUCCCUCAUGAACGGGGCGCUCAGCAGGAGCAGACCGUCAAUACUGCGAAUAUCGAGCAUGACAGAAACCUGUCACAGAAGCUUAUCGCCCGAAACAGCGGACUCGUGGUCAUUUACGUUUAUUAGUAAAGGUCUAUGCGCCGAAGUGGGAGCUGCCAGUUCAAGUUAUGCGAUCACGCCAUCUGUAGUCUUCGCGAUCCUCGCGGUCUUACAUCUGGCUGUUUUAAGAUGAUAAAUUACGCGACGGGUGAUUUUUGAAGGACAUUAGACAAAUGAAAUGAUAUUUAAAAAGAAUACAUAUUAAAGGUUGAA